AUGUCUGAGCACUCUAUAACGUUACAUCACGUCGUUGGUAUAGCAGCGGGUAUCCAUAAUGGGGAUAGUAUCACAUAUAACUAUAAUACCGGACUCAAUUCUCGCUUAAGCCCCCAGAAGUCACGCGUCAUCGAGAGCAUACAUGAACGCCGAACCGAAAAACAAAAUCCCGAAGCUAUCCAUCAACUUUACUUUUAUAUCGAUUAUGGGGACGAGAAAAAGAAGAAGAAAUUUUUCAGAAGCAGGUUGGCAACAUUCUGGGAGCAGAUCGCCCAACAGGACGCGGAUCAGAGUAACGAUUUUAUCAGUCAGUGUAGUGAUAACGAAUUCUGGAACGAUUUAAAUCGCCGACUAGCCGCGGCCAAACGUGAUGUGUAUAUCGCUAUCGACGCGAUAGACCAACUUCCUGAGGCCGAUAACCGUAAUAUUUUAGACGAACUCACCAAUCUCGCCCGGAAACACAAGGAAGCGCAAAAUAAAUUCGGUCUGGCCAUUGUCAUCACCUCCCGUGGUGUACCCGACUAUCCAGCUCUACUAGCAUACAGCCCGGCUCAGAUAGAGGUCGAUCCCGCCGAUAACGUGGAAGAUAUCAGAAAAUACUUAGAAAAGGAGCUUGCUUCACGUCUUUUCGACUUUCGCCCGCAACUUAGAAAACGCGUUCUGCGCGAAUUGGUUAACAGGGUAGAUGGAAUGUUCCUAUGGGCUAAGCUACAAGCCGCCAAUAUUCGCAAUAUGGUUCACGAAAAAGACGUCCUCAAUGCCCUCGAAACACUCAAACUACACAAUGACUUGAAAGGUCUAUAUAAAUCAUAUGCCGACGAGUUCCAGUCUUUAGCCCUCGAACCAACUAGAAAGCAAAUCGCACUAAGAACCAUAGCCCUUCUGGGGCAAACGACCGGCUCGAUGGCAAAAGAGACCCUAUUCGUAGCCCUCACACUCGAUCUUAGAGACGGAAAAAUAGACAAGAGGACGUUCGAUGAGCUACAGCAACAGCCAUCGACGGUAAUCCAGACGUGUAAACAUCUGGUCGAAAUCAAUGAAGACCAAGGAAUUUUUCGCUUUUGUCAUGAGUCCAUUUAUGGAUUCUUCAGUUCGAACCAACCGAUGUUCGACCGUGGUCUAAUCGCACAACUCUGCUUGGCUCAUAUAAACUCUCCAGACUUCUCCAGGGGGUCUUUCAAUGAUGCAAUGUGGUAUAAUUGGGGUGGCCUGCGCCAUCUUUCGCAGCAGAAUCCAUUCCUUGAGUUUUCCUCCUGCAAUUGGCCUAUAUAUUUCAAGGGCCUAGGCGAGAGCCACGCAGCUUUCGAAUUUCUUCAAAGGCUACUGAAAAAGUCUGAAGGCCGUGAAGUGAAAGAAAACUUACAGCUAGCGUUCCAGGUGCAUCUACUCACUAUGGGCAGCAUUCUACAUUCUCAAAAGGAGCGGGGAUGGCUCGAUUUAUCUGGGUGCGAUUGUAAUGGGUCAACCGCAAUUCACUGGGCUAUCAGAAACAAUAUCGAUCGGGAAAAGGCUGCCCAUGUUGUUGAGAGGCUUAUUGAAUAUAGGGCUGACGGAGACAUACAAGAUAUUAAGGGCCGAACACCGCUCUUUUAUGCCAGUGACUAUGGGAACCAGCACGUUGUCGAAUGCCUCCUCCAGAAAGGAGUUCAUAUUGACACUCGGAGCAAAGGUGGGGAAACAGCUCUAAUCGCCGCCUGUAUGAAACACCACGAGGACAUUAUUUCAAAACUAGUGAUAGCCGGAGCUGAUGUCAGGAUCCAAGGUUCUACCGGCACCUCUUUGCAAGCAGUGUCUUCGUUCGGGUGCGUCAAAUGUGCCAAGCUAAUUUUGGGCCGGCUCAUGGCACAUUCCACUAUAAAAACCCAGGGCGUUUCGCCCGCCGCCUCCAAAGUAGGCUCCUCAAAUGUACGGAUUAAGUUUCUAAAGGGGUUUCUCGAUCGAUCAAAAAGGUCACCCCUUGCCGAAGGUGAAGGUCCGUUUGGCACGUCGCUUCAUGCUGCAGCUUUCCAUGGCUGUUUGGAGAUUGUAAACCUCCUCUGCGCAAACGGGUUCGACGUCCACGCUAAGCACAAUGUUUACGGCAGUGUUCUUACGGCAGCCGUUACUGGAUGCAACGGAACUAUGGAGUCAGAUAAUUUCUAUAGAACCACACAAGCCCUUAUCAACUACGGUGUGGAUGUCAACGACUCGAGUGGGUUAUAUGGGCCAGCUCUCAGUGCGGCAGCAUACUUCGGACAUAAAGACCUUGCAAGCCUUCUUCUAGAAAAGGGGGCCCAAGUUCGCUUGGCUGUAGAAUUAAUGGGCACUGCUUACGAGGUUGCUCACGAGCAAGAACACGAGGACGUCGAGGAACUUCUUUUGCGAUAUGAUGAACGUGCUGCGACUUAUUGCAAAAGUGACUCUAUUAGCACAUUUCACGGAACUAGUCAGGGAUUUCAGCGGAGAAUGUUCGUUCUCGCUUUAAAGCAACGUAACAGGUUUGACGAGCGAUUCCUACAAUAUGAAAGAAUUAUGGGAAAUGAAAUUGAAAAUGGUCUUUCAUCUCGCCUUGAAUGGAUGACCCGACUCGGGGCGGGCGUAUUCAACGAUGUGAUAAAGCUGGCUACAGCAGCCGAUGUUGAGACAGGCACGUGGGCUAAUUCAACAGAGCGCCGAGAGAAUGUGGAAGCACCAAUGGCAUACGGAUCGCCAUCCAAAGGUGUGCUUUCUGGUUUGGGUGUUAUAGACCCGGUAAGGGUGAGGCAAGCCUUCUCUAAUCAACUCCCAAGAUCUGCGAAACACAAGAAACGCUGGAGUUUCGCGCAUAAGUUCCUGCGAGGUAAAUACGGUUUGGAUUCUCCACCUUCAGGAAGACAGCCUUCGGUGAGGUUAGAAGUCCUUGAAGGGUAUUUCCCUGAUGUAUUGGAUCGGAUGAUACACGGCGCCGUAAAUAUCUUGGAAAAAGCCAUCUUAGGAGGCAAUACCCAAAUAAUUCGGUUAAUUGCCGAUUCUUGGACCGACGCAUUAAACAACCUGAUUUCACUUCCUAACAUCGGGCAGCCAAUGCUUGAAAUAUUGAUCCGGAGACGUUUAAAUGGGUUCGGGGAACACCUGAAUAAUCCGGGACCCGAGUCGGAAGAGCGAUUGAAGAGGGCUGAGGGUCUCGCCUUGGUGGGAGUAGAGCUACUAUUUACAGCCCUGAGGCGAGGCCAAACGUUCAAAUAUCUAUCCAGAGUGUUAUCAGAACAAUGGGUCAUAGCCGUCAACGGCGUUGAGGAAUCUGGAGCGCAAGAAACACAGGUGUGGCAGUUCAUCCUUAAGUUCAGAGAUACAUUCAACAAAGCAAUCACUUCAGGAGAUCGGGUCGGUAGCGAAAUAUAUGGACUUGUUGGUCUGGAAUUUAUCGGGGCAUUAGCUUCGAGUUCGAAUCGGAGUCUGCUGGAACUUUGCAGUCGAGAGUGGGCGAGCCAAUUGACAGAGCUGGUUAAAAGUCGGAUGGGCAACCUAGCAGAGAAGGUACUCGAUCUCAAAGGGGAAGAAUAUCGGAAAUGCGUAGAGGAUGGGAAUUAUAGUGAAGCCUAUGGCCUCGCUAUCGCAGGAUUAUGCAUCCUUCGAGCAGCAGCUGAGAGGAACUUCGCGCCACUAUUACGCGUAUUCUUGCCCGUAAUCACUAGCAGCAUCAAUUGCCUCGUCGAGUCUAAGGAACAACAACAUAUACGGACAGCCACUAGUUAUUCCCAGGGAGAGUGGGAAGGCCUGGAAAGAGCCUUUGAUAUCGUUGUCUGCAUAUAUGCUGCGCCAAGAGAAGUCUAA